AUGCUAAAGAAACUAAGUUUAUAUUUGAAAUAUAAUCAAAAAAGAUAUUUAUUAAUUAAGAUGAAUUAGAAAAUCUUUGAGAAGAAAGACGUAAGAAAAUUGUAUUUGGAUGAAAAUGGAAAUGUAGAUUAUACAAAGAUCUAAGCAAGAUGGGAUGAAUUAAAGAAAGUAAAAGUAAGUUUAGGAAAUAAACAUUUUACUUAAGAAGUAGUCGAAAAAGCUAAAAAGCUUGAUUAAUAAGAUUAAUAAAGACUCUUAGACAUAAUGAUAGCAGGAUUGACCAAUGAUGAUAGCUCAGUUGGUAUAGCUGCUACUAGACCAUAAGAUUAUGAUUUCUAUUCGUUUUAUUUAGAACCUUUAAUUAGAGAAUAUCAUAAAAUAGAAGGAUAAACUAAAUAAGAACAUGAUUGGGAUAUACCUGUUGGUGAAUAUGUUCUUACUAAAAUUGAUCCAAAACUUGAAAAAGUUUCAAUGAGAGCAAGAGUAGCUAGAAAUGUUGAUGGAUAUAAUUUACCAUCAUCAAUGGAUAAAGAUGAGAGAAUUAAAUUUGAAAAUUAAAUGGUUGGAGUCUUUGAAUCAUUUGGUUUCCCUGGAAAAUAUCAUAGUUUAACACCAGGACAUAAAAAUUUUAUAUCAGAUUAAGAAGCUUAGGUAUUGAGAGAUAAACAUUUUUUAUUUAUUAGUAUGACACAUGAUAAUUAUUUAAUGUCAAAUGGUGUAGCUUCUGAUUGGCCAUAUGGAAGAGGUAUAUGGUUAAGUUAAGAUGAAACUAAAAUGGUAUGGGUAGGUGAAGAAGAUUAAUUAAGAAUUAUAUCUAUUGUAUAAGGUAAUGAUCUAGGUAAAGUUGAUUAAUCAUUACAUGAAUUAUUAACUGGUAUUGAAAGAAGUGGAUUAAAAUUUGCAGAACAUUCUACUUAUGGUAUUAUAACUACUUGUCCAACUAAUAUGGGAACUGGAAAAAGAUAAUCUAUUUUAGGCAAAUUCCCAAAUAUUACAAAGAAUGGAAAAGAUGAAGCAAGAUUAAAAGAAAUUGCUAAAACAUUAGGAUUAUAAGCAAGAGGUGUUGGAGGAGAACAUUCUAAUAUGGAUAGUGAAGGAACUGCUGACAUUUCACCAUCAGCUAGAUUCGGUGUUACUGAAGCUAUUGUAACCAAGAGAUUAUUUGAAGGAUUGAUCAAACUUUAUGAAUAUGAGAAGAAUGCCGCUAAUGAAAAAGAUAGAUAAAAUUGUUGCAAUACAUUUUGAAUUAUCAUAAAGAACAAACA